UGGCAGGCUAGCGGCGAAUCGCUAAGUCUUCCCUCUUGGAAUGAUCAGGAACUGGUAGACGACCUGCUUUCCGGUGACGGGCCCGGCAGAGGCGGUGCGGGAUUUUCCCUGGUCAAGGCCUUACUUCCCGUGUCGGAUCCCCCAUUUGGCACAAUUCAGUGGGCGUGCUCCACCCGCUACAAGACGGAGCUGUGCAUGAGCUACGCCUCCACGGGCUCAUGCCGCUACGCCGAGCGCUGCACUUUCGCCCACGGCCUGUGUGACCUUCACGUACCCUUCCGCCACCCAAAGUACAAGACCAAACCGUGCCGCAGCUACCACGGGCUGGGCCGCUGCCAUUACGGCAGCCGCUGCUGCUUUGUCCACGGCGCCGCGGAGCGUCGGCCGGCGCAACGCGACGAUUUCCGCCACGCCAACGUGCCCUGCCGCACUUUUAGUAAAUUUGGCAUCUGCCCUUACGGGGCGCACUGCCACUUCUUGCAUGUCGAGGGCGCCCCCAAGGAGGCCGGGAAGCCUCAGAGCGCCUUAUGCUACACUUUUAGCUCUUUUGGCUUUUGCCCAUACGGCACGUGGUGCCGCUUCCGCCACGUCCUGCCCGACGCGGUGAAAAGCACCUCGCCCAGCCUGGGGAGUGAAGGCCCGGCCUCGCCCAUGUUAGACUCCCAGUCCGCGUCGCCGUCUGCCUCCCCAAAAGCAAGCUGCGCCACAGCAUUUUCCAGCAGCAUAUUCCAGCGACGUAUGCGGCGAAUGGAGAGCGAGGAGGCCUGCGACAUGUGGGAAUUGCUGUAA